AUGGCCCAUUACAUUAACAUCUAUGGCAAAAGACUGUUUGAUAUUGGACUCUAUCUAAAGACAAGUGUUGACCUAAUAUUACAACAGCAACACGUUCUGAUGAGUCAACAGAAGUUUACCGACAUCAGCCUCUGCCAUCGAGAAGCACCGAAUCCGAAGCUGGAUUUGCCGGACGAUAACCGGCUAUCUCCACUAACAGAACUGGAAGAUAUCGGGCAACAGUCCAAAACACUUGGGACAGCGAUUCACCGGAAAAUUUCCGAACAGAAGCGUGUGAUUGAAUCUGGGUCUGUUGCUUCGAUCGUUGAACACAAACGCACAAAUCUCUCAGCGAUCAUGGCGACGAGGGCAAACAUACCUGAACAAGUCAGAGGUGCUCCUCUCGUUGAUGGUUUGAAGAUUCAGAACAAAAACGGUGCUGUGAAGAAUCGGCGUGCCCUCGGUGACAUCGGAAAUCUUGUUUCUGUUCCCGGAGUUCAAGGAGGAAAGGCUCAACCUCCGAUUAAUCGACCCAUUACUCUUAGUUUUCGUGCCCAGUUAUUAGCGAAUGCCCAACUCGAAAGAAAGCCAAUCAAUGGAGACAACAAGGUUCCAGCUCUUGGUCCAAAGAGUCAGCCUCUUGCUGCAAGAAACCCAGAAGCUCAAAGGGCGGUUCAGAAGAAGAAUCUAGUGGUUAAGCAACAGACGAAGCCUGUUGAAGUGAUCGAGACGAAGAGGAACAAAGCUGCUUGUGGUAUAGUCAACAAACCAAAGAUUCUUGAUAUUGAUGAAUCUGACAAAGAUAAUCAUGUGGCUGCAGUGGAGUAUGUUGAUGAUAUGUACUCGUUCUAUAAAGAAGUUGAGAAGGAGAGUCAGCCUAAGAUGUACAUGCACAUUCAAACUGAGAUGAAUGAGAAGAUGAGAGCGAUCUUGAUUGAUUGGUUACUAGAAGUUCACAUCAAGUUUGAGCUUAACCUUGAAACUCUGUACCUCACUGUUAACAUCAUUGAUCGAUUCCUCUAUGUGAAAGCUGUUCCCAAGAGAGAGUUGCAGGUUAACGAUCUGGUGUAUGUCACGGACAAUGCUUACAGUAGCAGACAGAUUCUAGUGAUGAAGAAGGCAAUUCUUGGAAACCUCGAAUGGUAUUUGACAAUCCCGACUCAAUACGUCUUCCUUUUCUGCUUCAUCAAAGCUUCGAUAUCUGAUCCAGAAGUACUUCACGUUCAAAAGAAAAAUCUUCAAGCUUCAAAGACCAAAAGUUUCAGCAUACAAGUGUUGAGCUUUUCUUCACACAAGUCUAUAGUCAAAUCAGACCAAUUCUGCAAAAAGUUUAACCUCUGUCAAGAAGUGACGGCCCUUGCUUCAGAAUUCCAUCUAGGAAACUGCGAGGCUUGGCGCGAGACUGUCACCAAACUCAAGGAUCCUGAGACAAAGCUGAAACUCCGCAUAUCUCUCAAGGUAUGCAGUCGCUAAACAAUUACCAGGAAAAGUGCUUGAAGGUGGUGUUUGAGUACACGGCCUCUGAUGCUUGCGGAUAUGGAUAAGUUUCUGGAAAAUAAAAGCCUAUGCGUCUGUCCAGGUCAAAGUAGUAGAAAAGAUCUUGUUCUGGUCCCCAGGGUGCUACGAAAUUUGGUUACCAGGGGAAUCAACAUAAUACACACAGAAAAAGGCUCUGGUUGUGGAUGACAGUAACAGAAUCCCCUAAUCUUGAGCCUCAGUGAUAAGAUGACCAAGCAUUCUUUUAGUGCAUCAUGUUAAGAUUUCUCAAGCUGCAAAGAACUCUUGAUAAAGGGUUUCAAGAUGAAGGAGUGUUUAGCUGCAAAGAAGAUCUGAAGACUAUUCAAAGAGGAAAUGUCUCAGAUGCGUUUCAACGUACUCAUGAAUGAUAAGGUAAUCAUGUUAAACCUAUUCCCAUCAUUUUAUACUCUUCUUAAUAGAACCAAUGUGAGUUUAAUCUAUAUUCCAAGUAUUCAGGGGUGUAGUUAUAAUCUUCUAUUUUGAGAGGAUAGCUCCCACCGGUUCUGCCUCAAGAUUAGAGAGACUGUUAGUGUUUUAUUGCAUGUUUUCUCAAAUUAAGUUGUGUGGUUUUGUCCGUUUGAUGUAGACAUUGUUCAUUAUUAAGGAGUUGUAUUGCAGGAAUAUAACUUAGUGUGAGCCUGUUGAUGUAUCUAUUAAGGAGUUGGUAAAGAGACUUGAAGAAGGUUAAAAGUACGAAUGAGAAGCAACCUUAGCUGAGUAUAUAGUAAGUUUCAUUAAUUAUUUCUCGGCUCUAAUUUUGUUGUAUCAAUUUUAUCUUGUGAUUAUCUUUUUUGAUAUGUUUCACUAUGCUCAGAGUAAAUAACAAAAUGUUAACUCUCUCUUGCUCUCUCUCUCAUAAAAAAAAUAAACACAGCCAAAAAUGUUCCUUACACUCGAAAAAAAAAAAACACUAAACGCACGAAGACGUAAAACACCACAAAAAAAAAAAAAAUUAGACUUAAAAUGCAAAAAUAAACUCCACAACUCACGAUCAAGUAAAUUACACAAAAUCACGAUAACAUAAAUUCGAGAAAUUCACGAUCACGUAGAUUAAUCAUAAACAAAAAAAUAUUAAUCAAACACAAAAAUACAAUAAAAAUACUUAAAAUAAACUCCAUAACUUCACGAUCACAUAAACUAAUCAUAAACAAACAAAAAAAACAUUAUUUUAAACCACACGCAACAAGUAAAAAAAAAUAUAGAAUAAAAAUGCAAAAAUAAAUUCCACAACUUUGUAAAUUCCACAAAUUACGAUAACAUAAAUUCGACAAAUUCAUGAUCAAGUAAAUCAAUCAUAAACAAAAAAACAUUAAUUUUAAACACACUCAAAGAUACAAGAAAAUGCUAAAAUAAACUCCACAUCUUCAUGAUCACAUAAAUUAAUUAUAAACAAACAAAAAACAUUAUCUUUAAAACACACGCAACAAGUAAACAUAAAAAUACAAUAAAAAUGCAAAAAUAAAUUCCACAACUUCAUGAUCACGUAACCAUAUUUUGGUCUGUAACCAUAUCAAGCGGUUAAAAACCUUAACCAUUAACCGUAAAAAUAUAUAGGUAUGGUUAACCAUACGGUUAAAACCUUAACUGUUAAUUAACCAUAUGGUUAAAACCUUACAAAUAUAUUGUAAGUGUGUAUAAUGCAAAAGACAAGGAUCGAAUGUUCAGAUAAUUUUUUUGUUUUAAUGAUAGUGCAUAUGAAAAAAUCUAUGUUAAAAAAAAACAACUAUGUUGUAAUUAAGAAAAGUUGAUCUACAAUAUAUAUUUUUAUCUUAUUAAAAACAGUAUAAACGGUCGGAUAAUUUGUUAAAUUUUGCCUCUGAUAUUACUCGUAUCGUAAUCAUCAAUUAAACAUAACUUAUUUUUUUAUUUUUUUUUGGUCAUGCCUAAGUUUGCUUUCUCUCAAACACAUUUUCAAUUUAGAUUCUUUUUGAGCAGCACUAAUUUUAACUCAAUCCUUG